UUCAGCGUUGGCAGAACACACACACUCAACACAACAGCCCGGACACACACCGCAUCACACCAUCGGCGUCCCAGCAUUUGGAUAAUACCCAGAAACCUGCUGCGAAGCGUUUUUGUCCUGAGCUCCAGCGUGGAAAAGGGUGUGAUCUGCAGCGGUCUACUCAGGAGCACACUCAUGCCAGUCGAGGCCAGGCGAGGGAUAAACACACUUUAACUGGGACACUGUGGAGCAGAGAGACGCGUUCAGCAGGUGAAGCAAAGACAAGCAACUCAGGGAUAUGUCCAGCAACAGUGGAAGAGGUCAUGGGGGUCUUAACCAACUAGGUGGAAUGUUUGUUAAUGGUCGCCCGCUUCCGGAGGUGAUCCGGCAACGCAUCGUGGACAUGGCCCACCAGGGGGUCCGGCCCUGCGACAUCUCCCGGCAGCUCAGAGUCAGCCACGGCUGCGUCAGCAAGAUCCUGGGCCGCUACUACGAGACCGGCAGCAUCAAGCCGGGGGUCAUUGGCGGCUCCAAGCCCAAAGUGGCCACACCGAAGGUUGUGGAGAAGAUCGCCGAGUACAAGAAGCAGAACCCCACCAUGUUCGCCUGGGAGAUCAGGGACCGGCUGCUGACGGAGGGAGUGUGUGACAGCGACACGGUGCCCAGCGUCAGCUCCAUUAACAGAAUAAUUCGAACAAAGGUCCAACAGCCGUUCAACCUCUCUCUGGAUGGAAAAUGCCUGAGUCCAGGACAAACCAUGAUUCCCAGUUCGGCCGUGACUCCUCCCGAGUCCCCGCAGUCCGACUCCCUGGGCUCCACCUACUCCAUCAACGGGCUGCUGGCCAUCCAGCCCAGCGCCGAGAGCAAGAGGAGCCACGACGACAGCGACCAGGAGAGCUGCCGCCACAGCGUGGACUCCCAGGGCAGCGGCGGCGGCGUCCCCAGGAAGCAGAUGAGGCUGGACCACUUCUCCGUCGCCGCACAGCACCUGGACUGCGGGUUCGAGCGCCACCACUACCAGGCGGACGCCUUCGGCUCGGCCUCCGGCAGCAAGGCGGAGCAGACUUUGUACCCGCUGUCCCUCAUCAGCAGCAGCCUCGACGAGGCCAAGACCAGCCUCUCGACAUCCAGCUCCGCCAUUGGACGGAACCUGACGCCGCACCAGACCUACACCAUGGUGACGGAGCCCCUACAGCCGCUGCCGCUCUGCCUGAAACAGGAAAUGUCUCCAGAAGCCACCAGCUCCAGCUCGUCCCCGAACGUGGCGGCGUCCAACCUGCCGUUCAUGGAGCUGCAGGUGCGACAGAAGCCCAUGUCGGUCAGCAGCAGCGGCAGCUGCAGCGGCUCUAACCACUUCCCUAACGCCUUCAACUCAUUCUCCCAUCAUGCUCCUGUGUACGGGCAGUUCAGCAGUCAUUCUAUCAUCUCAGGGCGUGACAUGGUGAGCUCCACUCUGCCAGGUUACCCACCUCACAUCGCCUCCUCUGCCCAAACGGGAUACUCGUCCUCCGCCAUCACAGGCAUGGUUGCAGCAGGUGCAGACUACACCGGUCAGACCUACAGCCAUUCGCCCUACACCUCGUACAGUGAAGCGUGGAGGUUCAACUCCAGCAUACUGGGUUCGCCGUAUUACUACAGCUCCGCCUCGCGCACGGCUCCACCGUCUGCAGCCGCCUACGACCACCUCUAGUCCCGCCCCCCCACCCCCCCCACCCCCCGCGCUGGGUGGACGCGGGCCGAGGCUGGAGAACUCUACAUCAGCAGGCGCAUCUGAUUCCAGGCACCUGAGUCCAAACUGGAUGUGGAGCUUCCUGCGCAGCAGUCCUUCAUGGCCCGUCUUGGCCUAAACGCCUGCUUCUGUUAUUUAUUUGUCCUGACUGAGACCAUUUUCCAGGGUAACGCUGAGUCACACACGUUUACACACUGCAGACACUGAACUCCUCCUUGGGCCUGUUUCUUCAGGCUCCAGACCUCUCUGACACUGUUUCGGCCAAAGACUUUAUUUCUCACACGUCUGCGACUUGAAUCCACUGAUCAAGUGAGCAGAGAUAUGCAACAUCUUUAUACUAUGCUUGCUUUUGUUUACAAUGUUUCAUUAUUAUUAUGAUUAAUAUUAUUGUGAACCCUGUCCAUUCCAGAUGAAUUCAUUCACUGAUCUCUGCUUGCUAAUUAAGUUUGACAUUGGAUUCUACUGUAAAUUCAGAUUUUAAGAAUUGCCCCUGUAGUGAAAAUAGAGCAACACAAUAAAUCACACUUACAACAUGCACACAAAUGCCCCUCAAGGACAACUAAUGUAUCUGUCUAGCAAUAUGUACAUAGUGUAAAUGAUGAUGCACAAAGUGAUGCAGUUUUACACAGAGAACAACUGAUGAAGGAGGAGGCGGCAGCGGUGAUUCGGCCCCUAAAACCAACAAGGCUUGAAAUACAUUUGUUUGCCUAAAAUAAAUUUAGUUUGUUGUCAUGCUGAUGUUCUGAUGUUUGGUAAGAACUGUGACUAUUUUUUCUUAUACUGUCAUUAAUAUUAUUGCAGAUGUAAAUAAUGAAUUUCUAAAAAAUUAUUUUAAUUAAAGCAUGACAAAUGUA